AUGGCCCAGUGGGGAAAUUUCGACCAUGUCUUCAGCUUCAAUAAGAAGUACUCAUACGAUGCCAGAGUCUUUGAGGAGAUCAUCUCCAACCGCAAGAUACUGGAGAACCAGCUCUUUGCUGAUCGGUUACUAGACCUUUUAGGAGUUACUGGAGUAAACACUACGUAUCCCCCUAAGACCAAUUCAGACUUGCGAUCGCUGGUCGAUCACAUAGUCUCAUCUGAACUUGACGAUCAUCACAAACAAGCCUUGAUCUACUACAUCCUCAAGGACUGUCGCAAUGCGCCGGACGCAGCGUCACAGUUUGCGCGAUCAUGCUACUUGCCUGAGAAAUACCGGCUAUUCAUAGAGGGUCUCUGGAACCUGGAUCACCUUCAGCUCAAGCGCGCACUCGACUACCUAUCCGAACCGUCUCUCAUUCCUACAUUCCCUGAUGAGAUUUUAUAUGUCCUCACCAUUCCUCAGAUUCCACAUAGAAGUGACAGCUUCGCCAUCACCUAUUACCUCACUGCUGCUCCACCGCUUGCAACUGAAAAAGUCCGCCAAUCAUAUUUCGAGAUAUUGUGUCGCUCGAGCAUUACCGAGGCAUUUUACUUCACUCGUAAACAUGACGGAUACAAUCGCGAUCGCCUGUUUGUACAACUAGUCGAAUUUGUUCACAAGACACCAGCUGGGCAAACACGGAGCAAGCGCGCAAUGGAGUUUGUCGGACUGCCAUUAGAUGAAGAUGAGGAAACAAGAUUGGAAGAGACACUACUUGAUGGAAGUGUGAGCACUCUGCCUGGUGCCAAGGACACUCUUAUGAUGCGAAGAUUGGCAACUGGGCGAUUGCAAGGCCUGGAAUCUUUGGGUGGUAAAAAGGUGGAUGGUCUCAAUUGGGAUGACCUCCGGGAAAGCAUGAAACAUUUUCAAUCACUCUAG